AUGGCUCUUAAGUGCUCUAGCUAUGAUAAGGUGUCGAAAGGUGACUUCAUUGUCGCCUGGGUUCUUGUCGCUGGUAUUUAUAUUUCAUACGUGCCUCAACACGUGAAAAUCAUUAGGCGGAAAACAAGUGAAGGUCUCUCUCCAUCCUACCUACUUAUGGGUUGUAUUUCUGCCUUUGCGUCUGCCGUCAAUAUGUAUCUUGUCACCGUUGUGGUUCGUCGCUGCUGUGUAUCUUCAUUGAACGCGUACCAAUGUUGCAAUGCUCUAACGGGAUACAUUCAAGUGGCUGUGCAAGCGGUGGGUUUCUGCUUGAAUAUCGUUCUAUGCGUCUAUUGCACUAAGAAUUCGCCAACUGAACCUAUGAAUCAGUAUAGGCAGAUUUACCGUUACUACUGGUUCUUUCUUUUCUUCGUCGUCGCCAAUGUUAUUGCCUGCGUAUGUGUUGUUCAUGUACCAGGCCAGACCAGUUAUAGAUCUAUAAACAUAUUUGCCGAUGUCAGUGGUAUUGUCUCCACAAUUUUUCAGGUCAUUCAAUAUUUCCCGCAAUUGGUGACCACCUACAAACUUCAAGACACGGGUACUAUGUCUAUUCCUUCGCUUGUCAUUCAAGUUCCCGGCACUUUCUACUGGGCUUAUUCGCUUUAUGACGAGGUUGGAUCCAAAUGGAGUUCCUACGUUCCAUUUUUUGCUGCUGCCUCGCUUCAGGGUAUAUUGUUGUUGAUGUGUAUCUGGUAUAGAUAUAUUUUGCGUCGAUUGAGAAAGAUGCACUCGUCGCGUUUGCCAGAUACAGAGAGUAGUGGAGGAGAUGCCAGUACCGGAGAUAUCACUACUGAAAGUGGAGGAAGUGUUGUGGUGACAGAUGAUACCCGAACUACCGGGGAAACGCAAGACAUUCCCAUGGACUUGACUGCCAACGAGGCGUCAUCACCGCGGUCACUUGAUGUGACUACGAUGCAUUCUAAUUAG